CCCGCCCGCUCCAAAGCCUAAAUAAUUCAAAAGGGAGGGUCAGGGCCCGAAUUCAAUAUGGUUCCCGCCUCCCUCAACCAAAUUACUUACACCUUUUCACUAAAAUUAAAAGUAAAAGAAAAACUAACGCCAUAACCAAAAAUUUGCAGAUCUUAAUUACAUCCAGUUUCCCUCUUUAUUAUUUCAAAAAAAAUCACUUGAUCUUUCUUUUUUCUUAAGGUUUCGUAAGAUUAGUGGGUUCGCUGCAAAUUUCGUUGGUUUUUAGCUAAUCGGUGAAGUGGGUUUUGUCGUUUUAGCGAAUUUCUGAAAUGGGAUUUUAAUUUUUUGUGAUUUGGAAGUUAAUUUCGUUUCUGGGUAUUUUUCACUUGUUUCUUCUUUUUGUUGGAUUAACGAUGAGUGGAGAUAAUUUCACCUCCAAACCGCGUGCCGCUUUGGGAGAUGUGACUAAUUUGCCAGAAAAAAGGGGGUUUUCAUCGAUUUCUGAUGAUUUGGGGCUUAAAUCUAGAGGUGGGUAUGGUGAAAAUGGGGAUUCAGUUUUUGCAAAACAAGUUUGUUUAGGAGUUGAAAAUCUGGUGAAAAAGAAAUGCGAAACCAAAACUGGAGAUGCCAGUGGCAACGAGAAAGUUUGCGAUUCAUUGACAACAAGUAGCAAGACUCGUGCCUCAAAGGACAAUGUAGCUGUUGUGUCUGUUGUCGCAGAUAGGCCUAGUGAUAUUAAGGAAACAUCUAAUUUGAUUGAUGGUAGUGUUGAUUUAGUUAAGAGCAGCGGUACGGGAACACAAAGUGUUGGGGAAGUUAGUAGUGCAUCUAGUGGUUCAAUGUAUACAAGCUCUGGGCUGGGCGUGAAAGAUAGUGAUGAUGAAGGGAAAGUCACUUCCAAUGUUAUGCUGAUCAAUCCAGUAGUUCAAGGGUUAGUUGGUGGUGCUUCUACAAGUGAUGACAUUGUUUCUGGAGUUGGUAGAUUAGCUAGUGACAAAUGUGGUUCUGUUGAGUGGUCCAGGUUGCCCAAUUCACAGGGUUUGAAAUCAUUUGAGUUGGAAAAGUGCACAACACUCAAGGGUGAUGUUUGUGCCAAUCUGAAUGCAGGUGCUGACAUGCUCAAAGCUUGCUCUUGUUCUUUUUGCUUGAAAGCUGCUUAUAUUUGGUCGGACCUAUAUUACCAGGACAUCAAAGGUCGACAAUCUGCAUUGAAGAAGAGUCAGAAGGAAGCGGGAAUCUUGGUUAAUAAAUAUUCCAGGGGAAAGCAGACAGACAUUCAUAGCCAAGUAAACUCCAACAAAUCCUUGAACUUAGAAUCUGACCUCACUGAUCACUGGAGGUCUCUUUUUCGACACAUGGAAGACAUGUUUGCCAAUGAAAGCAGCCAGCUUCAAACUGGAUAUGUGACACUAAAAGAUUUGAGGGACAACUGCAAGAUUGAUCUGGAGAGGAUCACUGGAAUGCCUUCAGACACACUUUAGGGUAUUUCCUUGGCAGGUGGGGGAUGUAUAGUGCCGGUUCUCAAGGUCAAAAGGUUCUAGGGUUAGUGGACAGAUUCCGGUGAUAAGAUUCUACUACUUGAAAACAACUAUGGUGCUGCACAGAUCAAAACCCUAUCAUUCAAAUCUCUUAUGUGCGUCUGGGCGUGCCACGUUUCAGCCAGCUGAUUUCUUUACGAUUAUCUUUGACAAUUAUUGGUGAUACAACGAGGUUGACAUUUGUAAUAGUCAACUGGUUCAACUAUGUGUAUAUCUGCGACGUGUGUAUGUUGGUGGCCUGAAAUUGUUCUGAGAUUGCGACGGAGCAUGGAAAAAAAUCACUUACAAAAAUGAGUCGAUAUACUUUUUUA